AGUCAUGAAUAAAUGGCUAGUAUCCGUCUCCGUCUGAAACGGGCUGGGAAGUUUCCAAGUCUCAGUAUUAGUGGUGCCUACUGCUAUAUUAUAACAAGAGUUCUAAGUAUGACCGGCCAUGCGAUGGCCGAAUCAAUGCCAAACGAAAGUCAAAUUGUAUACCAUCCCUGUGCCCAAACCUUCCGACACCCGCUUCUCUGUGUGUUCCUUCUCCUCAUCCGUGCACCACAGCCCGAACAGCUCGAUCUGUACGAGCUGAAGGGUACCGAAGGCAGCUGAUCUCAAAGUCCGGCCGAUCUCAGUCCAGUUCAGGCUGUCGAGAUCCUCCGCAGCGUUCAUCCAGAUACCGAAUCUAAUGUUUUGGAUAAACACUGAGUGGACGGAAGAGAGAAUCGCUGUGAUCCAGUCGACGUAGUCGCGGUCAGUGAUAGAAGACCCGGGACCUUGCAGAUGUAUCUGACUAAGAUGGAGACUGCGCAGGCUCGUAUUGCAGGACAAGUUGACCCGGUAUUUGCGGAGGCUGGCUGUAUUACAACCUUCGUCAGCAGGCGCAAAGUGACGAGAACAUGGGACGGACAUGGGUUCAGCACAUAGAAGCCGACUUCGACCUGCUCGAGCGCAGGAGCGAACACGGGACUGAACUCUGUCAUGUCGAGAGACGGAUCAAGCUCCACGUCCGCCGAUUUGAGGUGGAAUGCGGAUAGGUGAGGGAGCGCUCCAGGUUUGAGAUGGCGCAGGAAAUCGACUACACGGGAGCAGCCAUAGUCCACAUGCAGGAUUCUCAGAUCCCUCAUGCACUCAAUGCUGGGUGCCACCAAGCGCCCUUCCUCUACAUCCCUCCAAUGGACCCUGUCCAACCGCAAGCGCCUGAUGCCUGGGAACGAGGCAAGCAGGGCCGUGAAGUCCCGCACUGACUGGAACCAAACACACGACAAGGUCAUCUCCGUCAGAUUCGCGCACGUCAUGGGAUUGAGCUUGCUUCCCGCGGCGAUGGCCGCCAUGUCCGCAUCCCAAAGUGAACUUUUCAGGUGCAGCGCGCGGGCGUACGCAAACACCGAGUCCGGGCAGCGCGAUAGUUUGCUUCUGUCGAGCUCCUGUAGCGCUGCAGCCGAGCUGACGGAGCAGAUGCAGAUACGGCGGGCGGCGAAAGGCGCGAAGGUGCACAAGGGACUGGACAGCAAGUCGAGGAGCCACGUGUCGGAGUGAUUGGGAGCGUUGGUCAGGGCGGACGACCCGCAGAAGCUGAGCAGCCGGAAGACGAGCGAGGAGAGAUGGAAGCGGGACGGCGGAACCCAGCUGCGACACACCUCGCUGCAGCGGACGAGCGACUGGCGGUCAUCGUGGAGGAAGUCGAGCGUGAACUGUCGAUGUAUGUCUCAGGCGGGAAAUCCCGCAUAGAGGGUCGAAGGGUCGAAAUUUUGCAUGUCAGACGCAUCAAUUUAUAUGCAUGCGCGACGCGGACAUCAAAACGGGGACGCCGCCUAGAAUGCCGUUCAUCACGAAUUGACCCUUGAGACGAUUGGCGUUCGAGAAGUUAGUGUUCGGCAUCCAUUUCUACGUCGUCUUGCCAGUGCGGGUGAAAGCCUGAGGGGGCGUAGCAAAGUGACGCUCUCGGAUGAUCGAAAGCACGUGUUGAGAGUACAGCCACGGCACACCUCGAUUUCGAGAUGCAGCCUACAAGAUACCAUGAUGUCUGGUACCUUAUACGCAGCUUGUUGACUUUACGGAGUCGAUCCUCACUUGCACU